AUGGACCCCUCAGACUCCCCCGAAAACGUCAAAACCGAGGAGUCCCGGAGCUUGGCCGCAACAGACGACGACAUCGGAACCAAAUCCACCCCUACCAACGGCGGCACGGCUCAGUUCGCCAGGUCCCAGUCGCAGGACCGUGAUGGAGACGGUGAAUGGUCCACGGAGGAGAGCUCCCACGAUGUCAACAACGGAUCGUCGUCCUCCUCCGACAAACCCACCCGGAAGCGGAAGAAGAAGGUCGAAAUCGCGUGUGUGUACUGUCGGCGGUCGCACAUGAUCUGUGACGACUCGAGGCCGUGCCAGCGAUGCAUCAAGCGAGGAAUCGGCCACUUGUGCUAUGACGAGCCGUCGAAUCUCCGCCAGAAGAAGAAGGCAGCGGCGCUCCGCAAAACCCCCAGUGGCAGUGGUAAGAACAGUCCCCCAGAGAGCCACCAAAGCCCUCUCAGCCAACCUGCGCACGCAGCUCCGGGAAUCGCCAGUGCGUCUCCGGGACUCAAGGACGAGAAGCUCCAACCUCUUCCCCAACCCCCCGCACCAGCUGCAGCCCUGCAAAUCAAACCACCCACCCAGGGAGGUCCUCCCAAAAGUAUAAAUAACUCGGUGUUGGCCCAGACCUUGCCCUACAACCAGGAACCAUUCUUCUACUCGGAACAUGCAGGAAGUGAAUUCAGUUCGUUGAAUGAUUUCCUUUCCAUGAUCGAUGACCCUGAGCUCGUCAACGGAGCCUUGAACGACGACGGCACCGGUGCGGACCUGGUAUUGGGCUUUGGUAUCGCCAACGACCAGUCCAGCGCCUCCAACGCGCCUGGCAUCACUUCUGGACCGGUCUUGAACUUCGGUGACGUCUCCACAAGCGAAGCAAACAAUAACUCAAACAACAUUAAUACCAUCCUUUCGUUCUCGCCCAAUUCCAACAUGUUCCCACCCAAUUUCCAGAAUGAAGGCGUAGACCAGCUCCAAAAUAUUGCCCAACAGCAAUUGCCACAACCAAACCAAUUUAUAAAACCCACCAGUGCUCCUGCAUCGUUCCCCAACCCCAGCACACAGCGCACAUCGCUCUCGGGGCCAGUGCCGCCUCACAAGGCACAAUCGUCGCAAACAACCGACCCCCAUCAGCCAGUAAUCUCCGACUCUGCCAGAGACAAGUUCUUCCUCACAGCAGCAGAUCCAACUACAGAAAUUUCGCCAGAAGAGAGAUUGAAGCAAGUCAUCAAAGCGAAACUCGAGGCUGGCUUAUUGCAACCAUACAACUACGCCAAGGGUUAUGCUCGUUUACAGAGCUACAUGGACAACUACAUGAAUGUUUCAAGCAGACAAAGGAUCCUCAAGCCGCUCUCAAUUUUCAGACCUGCCUUCAGGGCCAUUGCACGGACCUUAAAGGAUGUGGACUUGGUGUUGGUAGAGGAAAGCUUUGAAAGAAUGUUGUUGGACUACGAUCGUGUGUUCACCUCCAUGGCAAUUCCAGCGUGUCUCUGGAGACGUACAGGAGAAAUCUAUCGGGGUAAUAAAGAAUUUGCAUCAUUGGUGGGAGUCAUGACGGAUGACUUGAAAGACGGAAAGUUGGCCAUAUACGAGUUGAUGAGUGAAGAGAGUGCUGUCAACUUUUGGGAAAAAUACGGGGCGAUUGCCUUCGACAAGGGACAAAAGGCUGUUUUAACAAGCUGCAAUCUCCGUACCAGAGACGGAAUCAAAAGGAAGAGUUGUUGUUUCAGCUUCACCAUUCGGAGGGACCGUUACAAUAUCCCCAGUUGUAUUGUUGGUAACUUCAUCCCCAUCGAUCCAUGA